GCGAAUGGCGGACAUUUCGGAUUUCUGUUUGUUAUGAAAGAUUCGCAGCAGAUUGCGGUUAAUUUUUAGGUAAAAAAGGCUCGCAAAAUUUCAGAAAUAUUAAGACGAUGAGCUCACCAAUUUCCAGCUUGAAGAAAGGGAAAAGGACUCCACUCGAUCCCAGGCAAGCUCAAGUUCCAUUCAGAAAUUUAGAGCAUGCUUCAGUCGAACUUCCUGGUGGUUCAUUGAAGAAAGAUGGAUUGUCUAAAGUACCAAAGUCCUCAAGCUCAACAAAUGCACCAUCAGAUAGAGAUCUUCUGAGCAGUAUGAUGUCACGUCUGGCUCAGGUGGAACAACAACUAAAAUCUGCGCAGGCACAGAUAGGAGAAAAGGAUAAGAAGAUAAGAAUACUCGAAGAAAAAGCUAAAUUGUUGGAGAAAGCUCGAGGAUAUAACUCUGGCACAAUAACAGAGUUGGAGAAGAAGUGUAGAAGACUACAGACCCAAGUGUUUCAGAUGGAGGAAUUCCUUGCUGAUUAUGGUAUGGUCUGGGUUGGAGAUGACGCUAGUGACUCUGAUUAUGAAGUUUUAGAAGAACCAACAUCCACACCUGCCCCCAGCUCAGUCAGCAGACAAGGAGUUUGGAAUCCAAACUCCUCUCUGGUUACGUCAGCACCAUAUGACUUUCAAAUGGACUUUGAUGUUGUUUUGAAGAAUAUCAGGGAACUGAACAUUCUGGCAGGAGAGGGCUGUAGUGAUGUAUCACGGACUAAAGAUGGAGCACGACUUAAGGUUCGCGAUUCCGUGCCCUUGGUUUUGUAUUCAAACGGCAUUCUUAUGUUUGGAGGACCUUUCAGGCCAUAUUCAGAUCCAGUUACUCAGCAAUGUAUGCAAGAUAUAAUGGACGGAUAUUUUCCAAGUGAGUUACAGACCAGAUAUCCCGGUGGAGUUCCUUUUGAGGUACAGGACAAAAGAGAUAUUGUGUUUGAAGACAGAAGGACAGCACUUCUGUUUCCUGGAACAGGGAAGUCAUUGGCUGGUGAGGAAAAUGCCAAAAGCCACCGAGUCGAGAGUCACACACCAGGGCAAAAGCAACAGUCCGUGGAUCAAUUUUUGUCGCGGCUUCCGCAGUCUGUUAUCAAAGAUGGUAAAAUAAUUGACGUGAGAUCAGGAGUGGAAAAUGUUAUCAAGGGUGGAGAAAGACAAUCAGAUAUCCAAGUUCUAGACACUCCUGUGCUUCAAGAGAUAAAAUUAAGAGGUGCUGAAACUACAAGACCUCAAUCAGCCGGUAAAACACAGGUUUCUACUUUGAGGAUCAAAUCAGAGACAGGAGAAAUGACAUAUAUCCUGAAGAUGAAGUUUACAGAUUGUAUACGAGAUGUUAGAAGUCACAUUGAUGCUGCAAGGCCGAAAGAUGCUCCAUCCUACGAAAUGAAAACGUCUUUUCCUAACAGAGUUUACGAUGAUCCUAACGCAACUUUACAAGAAUGUGGUUUAGUGCCCAAUGCAACUCUUCAUCUUCUUGUCAAGAAAGUUUGAUGCAACUACAAAGCUGCAAUGCACCUUCGUCAAUCUUGAACUUUCUUUACGCAUGCGUUAAUUGACGAUCCUCCGUGAUGUUUGACCACAGGAACCCACACAAACGGUGCGUCGGUUUGUAUAACUGAAUUUGGAGGAAAUACAUGGGAAUGUCGAAACUUCUAGAGUAAGUCGUUCUACUAUGCACUCGGAUGAUUGUCCGCUGCCGAACCCUUCGAAUCGGUAAAAUUUUGCAUCUUCAGUUACAGAAACCACAAUACAACAUACCUAGUACAUUAUUCGCUCUGACUAAGCGCUAACGCUCGAAACUUCAGCUGUAGAAAAUCUUUACAAUGGCUAAUUUACAUCAUCAACUCAGUUGAUAAAACAAAUUAUAUAGUAAUACCUAGUAGUAAAAUGUUUAAUUUGAAGUUUCACGAGUGUUUGUGGGAUGUUAUGGAACUUUUCGAUUUCCCCAUACAUUUCCGUCAAAUUUAUGAUACAAAUGGCCACGCCGUUGCGUGGUUUUCUUGUGGUUGUCCUGACAGCUUUGCAGAACAUCCAUCCACAGGACAGCAAAUAAGAAGCAGAAAAAGAAGUUAUCCUUACUAACGUUAGUCUCUCAACAACUGGUCUCUUUUUUUUUUUCGUGUGUAAAUGGUGUAAAUAUUAAAAUAGCCACUAAGAUAAAUAAUACUUGUAUUUUACGCACGAUUGCAGCUGUCUGAUAACUGACGUGUUCCAAGUAGGUUUAUGCAACGUAAUGAGAUUAUAAUGAAUUUCUAUUUAAAACGGGAAUCAUUUAAGUAGAAUAUGAAACACACGGUUUUCUUUAAUAUUUAUUGAGACGUUCGUACCAUUUCUUUUUUUAUUUGUUUUAUAUAUUUGAUAUCAUCUUUUACCGUUGUAAUAAAAUUGUAUUUAGGAUGGAAAAUAUACACUAACUUACUCUAAAAUGGACACUCAAACCGAUCUAUUCGUAUAAUUAGAUAUUCGUGACCGUUUUUUUGGUCCCUUGACCAAAUUACUAUUCUCUGUUGUCCUAUCAAUGAAUCAGUCAACAAACUGAACCUACGUUCUUCAGCAUUUGCUUGUGCGACGCCAAUAGCCUUUCCUCCCGAGACAAAGUACAUUACAGGGUUGAAAAUCAUGCAAAAAUAGACUAUGAAAGCAGAGGUGCUGUAGGAUUGUGGGAAGCUUCCUGGCCGAGCACAGUCUUUCAUUAUGCAGACAAAUAUUAUGAUCGAAUAAAUUAAUGGAUAGUUUGUAUUGGUCUGUAAGUUAAUUGUUAUGCCCUAGAACUGUACAUAGUGAGGGCCAAAAAAACCCUUCAACGACCAUGUUAGCUUCUCAACCAUUCACCCCUAACAGGGGUGAGUGGUUGAGAAGCUAACCUACACCUGGCCUAGAGAGCCAAAUGCAGAUCAGAGUUCAGAUUUAUUUUUUGUGACGUUUUCAUCUACUUGAGGUGUAGCUAUCUUAAUAACUAUUUUUCCAAUGUUUUGGUUGGACUCCAUCUUCUUAUGAGCAAGUUGUAUCUGAUCCAUUGUAAACACUGAGUCCACAAUGGUCUUCAUUUUACCAGUGGCAAAUAGUGGAACAAUGGUUUUUGUAAAUGCUUGCACUAAUUCUGCCUUGUACUGUGGAAUAAAUUUAAAAAUUAGUUAAAUAGAGAAAAUAUAAAAUGUCCUGGGGGUCCUUUGACAUGAAAAAAAUGAGGAGGGAGGGGAGUGGCUGAAUCUCAUUUCCAAGGUCUUUCUUGACCUUGUCACAGGGUUGUUGAGGGAGUGCAGAGGAUUGAUGCAUUUCAUCAAUAUGGAAACUGAGCACUGCAAUUUAAGACUUUCCUUUUCUGAUUUCCUAUAGGACACCACUCUUCAAGAUGAA